UUAGAAGAUAAAGACGGAUGUCGUUCGAGAAGGCACAUUAGAAGCCAACACAAUGCCGGUAAUGUUCGGAUUGGUCCUGUGUCUCUACAGUAGCGUUAGGUGCGUGGAUGGGACCAUUACCCAGCCGAAUGAUCCAUCGCUACUGCAUUUGGACGGUGAUCGCUACGUCGACCAGAAGUUUGAAAGGAUAGAGCGUCUACUGCUGCAGAAAGAUGAUAGGAUAUCCGAACUUGAGGCUAAAUUGGCAAGUCACAUGACCGUGUACACAAAUUACGUCACUAACAAUGUCAUUGAAAUGGAAUUCAUGAACUCAGCACUGGCUCAACUUCAACAAGAUGUUAUACAAAAGGACCAGCUUUUACAGAAACUUCAGCAACAGGUAGUAGAUUUAGAGACAGUUGUUUCAAAUAGAGACGAACCCAGAGAAAGACUUCCUCAGUCUACUGACGAUGACAUCAUACCAAAGCACAAAACCAACGUUGAACCAUUAAUCGCUACCCUUCACGAAACUGAGUUGAUUGACGGCACUCCUCGUGUUUCCGGUGAAGUGAUGAAUGGUGGUUUUGAACCAAACAACACGACUAAUCUGGACACUGCAGUACGAUCUCGGAGUGUUGUAAAGAGUGACAGCACUUACAAGAAUGCCGUUACUGGUGGCGUGAACGUCAUGUCAGUUGUUGAAAAUGAUGACGUCAUUAUGAAAUCCAUGUCUUACGAAGCUAUCAGACCAGAUAGCGAACAGGGUGUUGAUAAUCGCGGUUCAGGACGAUUAAGAGUAAGUCCUGUUUCUAACGUGGCCUUCCAUGCCGAGAUGACUGUGACCGGGACUGUGGUAAAAGGCUCUACAUUAGUGUACAACCACGAGGUUCUCGAUCACGGAGAUGGGUACAGUGCCACCGACGGUAUGUAUCUUGUACCAGAGUCUGGGACGUACGUGAUCACGUGGACAACCGUUACCUAUCACGACUAUGUACAGACGCUUCUGGAGGUGAAUGGCGCAACAAGAGGUUCGUCCAUGACAGAUGCUCAAGAGGUAACGGACAUCCACCAGACUACAAUGAUCGUUGUCCUGGCGCUGAACGCAGGAGAUCAUGUGUUUAUACGGACAGGUUCAAUGGGGAAUGGUUCAUUACACACCACUGGAGGUUCCUCCAAGCCCACUUUUUCCGGAUGGAAGCUCUUCGGGUCAUAAUUCUUCCAGUAAUAUAAUAACAGUUGAAUGAUAUAAUUUCCAAUGGUUUUAAAUUCUUAUCUUCUUGAAUCUGUUGAUAAAUAUAUCAGUGAU